AUGGGUAGUUUAGGCGUGCAUAGGGGACAAACAUACAUUCGCGUUCUCUCUUUUAUAUGUAGAGAUAUAGCCGAUUUCCUCCCCAAGGAUGUCAAAUAUUUAAUAUAUGCCGAUGACCUCAAAGUUUGGUGUCCAAUCAUGGACCGUACCUCUUGCGCUGUCCUACAGAAUGCUAUUGAUGGAGUCGACAAACUGAAUGACAUGUCCCUCUCCCCGCACAAAACCGUUGUGUUGCAGUCGGGACGAGUCCGGUCCGAUUACUUCCUUAACGGUGUGCCGUUACCCAUUUCCGAGGAAACCCGUGAUCUGGGAGUGGCAAUUAACACGGCCCUUGAUUUCAAGCACCACAUAUCCAACGUGGCCAAAUCUGCUUUUCUGCUCAUAAAUUGUAUAUUCCGAAGCAUCAUCACCAAAAGACCUGAACUAUAUCUUGGGUUGUACAAUUCCCUAGUCAUGCCGAAGUUCCUCUACUGCUCGCCCCUUUGGAACCCGUCUCAACGACAGCACAUCGAUCUUUUAGGUCGGGUGCAGAAUCGUUUCCUGCGCAGACUACGGUAUCGAUGCAAUUUACAGCGGAAUGAUGUCACUCUUCCCGAUCUCAAGACCCUUCUCGAUAAGAACGAUGAUAGCAUGCUCAGGACACUCUUCCGUGCCUCCCUUCUAGAGGAUAUGUUUACCAUUACCGGAAACAGACUCCGUAGUAAGUUCUCGAUUAGACCCAAAACUGUUGCCCGAAGUAAACGUAUCCAAAAUCUGUUUCCAUGGAGAAUGGCCGAUAAGCUACGCGCCGAGGGUUUCCCCCUGUAUUUACAAUUAUUGUCUUCACUGCCCCCUUCUAGUCAAUAA